AUGAAAAACAGAAGAAAUAAUAGAAAAAAUGAAAAUAAAGACAACGAUAAAAAAUAUGAUGACGCAGAAGAAAAAUUUAAUGAAGCUAAAAAGCUAUUGAGUAAAGAGAAUAAAACCACUGUAGAUUGUGAGAAGGCUAAUAUUUUGCUAUCAGAUGGAUUAAAAUUAUUAUAAGCUAUUCCUAGUCUAUCAGAGAAUAGAUAAGCCAAGUAUUUUCAUUUAAAAGGUCAAGCUUAUCUAGGGAUGAAACAGUAUUAAAAAGCUUUAUUCGAUUUUGAUACUGCUGUUAAGCAAGAGAUAGACAAUGCUACUUAUCAUGCAAGUAGAGGUAAUUGUUAACUUGAACUUGGCAAUAUAAAAGAAGCCCUUUAAGAAUUUGAUGAGACUAUAAAUUUAAAUCCUACAGAUGGACAUAACUAUUUAAAUAGGGCAAAAGUCUACUUUAAUCUUGAAUCAUAUAAGAAAGCUAUCGAAGAUUUCACAAUGGCCUAAAAAUAUAUUAAGGAUUCAAAUAGUCUGUUUAAAAUAUAUUACAGUCUUGGUGAAUGCUAUAGAAGAACUAAAUAAAUGGAAGAGGCUAUAUAAUAUUUAGAAAAGGCUACUUUAAUUAAAAAAGAAGACUCCAAUGCUUAAAAUACACUUGGUCUGUCUCUCUUUGAAUAUGGCAGAUAUGAAGAAGCACUUGAAAAAUUUUAAGAAGCUAGAAAUUUAGAUGAUACAAAGGCUGAAUAUUAUGCAAAUAAGGCUUUAACUCUAUAUCACUUAAAAGAUUAUAAGUAGUCAAUAGUUGAAUGUGAUUUAGCUAUCAAAAUAGAUGCUUAAACUUCUCGUAAUUUUUACAUUAGAGGUAAUUCUUACUUAGCUUUAGGAUAAUUUUUUGAAGCUCACAAAGACUUUGAUAAGGCUAUUCUUUUAAACCCAAAUAAUGAGAUGUAUUAUCACUCAAAAGGUCUUACUUACCAUGAGUAAAGUGAGUAUGUAAAAGCUAUUAAAAUGUUUAAAAAAGCAUUAAGUAUCAAAGAAGAUCAUAUACCUUCAAGAUAUCAUUUAGGAUUAAUGUAGCAUCUGAAUGGAGACUUAUAGGAAUCAAUAGAAAAUUUUAAAAUUGUUUUAGAUGCAAAAGGAGAUGAUAGAUUGGUUUAUGAAAGCAGAGGAAAAGUUUAUUAAGACUUGUAAUAGUUUUAACUUUCUAUUUCAGAUUUUAAUCAGGCAAUAAGAUUAGAGCCUUCCUACCCUGAAACAUAUUAUUUUAGAGGAUUAUCAUUAAUUGAAUUAAAAAAAGUAAAGUAAGCUUUAAGUGACUUUACACUUAGUCUAUAACUUGGAAUAAAAUCCCCUAGCAUAUUUAGUGGAAUGGCACAGGCAUAUCGAUAAUUAGAGAAUUAUGAUAAAGCUCUUUUUUACAUAAAUUAAGCACUUGAAAAAUCUUCUUUAAAUGUAGAUUUUCUUUUAUAAAGAAGCAACAUUUAUGUUGAUAUUAAGGAAUACUAAAAAGCUAUAGAUGACUUGACAUUAGCACUUGAGCAAAGAGAAUUCGAUCCAUUAGUACUUUAUAAGAGGGGUAUUGCAUUUUUCAACAACAAAGACUAUAAGUCAUGUAUCAAGGAUCUCUUUAAAUCUUAUGAAAAGAGACCAAUAACAAAAUAUGAAGCAGAUCUUCAUUAUCAUCUAGGAAUUUCUUUUUCAAAUUUAGAAAAAUUUUUGCAUUCUAUUGAACCACUAUGUGAAGCAAUAAAGCUCAUGCCUAAUUAUGCCCACUACAUUCAUGAAAGAGCUAAAAGUUAUUUGUUAGUUGGAGAGUAUUAAAAAUCUGUGGAGGACUUUAACAGAGUAAUUGAAAUGUAACCAUAAAAUCCACAUGCAUACUUUGGAAGAGGUUUUGCUCUCAAAGGUGUUAAAAAAUAUUAAGAAUCUGCUGAAGAUUUUGAAUAUGCUAGGAAGCUUGAUCCUUUAAAUCCGUCACUAGUAGUAAAUUAUAGAAAUAUGAAUACAAUUUAAUUUAUACCUCUCUGUAAACCUGGUGAGGAAGAAUAAUCAAUAUUAUGA